AUGGAGGAGGAUGCAGAACGACAUAAUACUCGCAGCACACCCCAAUCGCGAGACAACGACGUUGAAUCCGCCUCCUCGUCCUCUCAUGGCCGCACAUCUAGCAGGUACACUAGAUCGAGUAUGGUGGAAACACCAGAAGGAGGGCAGUAUCAGGUUCACAGGGGAGAUCUCCACGAUCACCUUAAUGCUAUCUUCAGGGCGCGUUCCCAGACGCCUCGGGAUGUCGAAAAGCCCCAUGAUCCCCGAGCGGGCGAUCAGGUCAUAAACAAUCAUAUCAACCUGCCUACCGCACCAGCUGCGACUACUGGGGUUAAUAUCCGAGAAAACAUCGCCGCAGUAGUAACGACGCCUGCGGCAACACAAGCCAAUACUCCCUUAACUGGGAAUAUCGAUCAAGAAGUGCGACAAACUCGACUGCCCAAGGGAUUCCGGUUAUCCGAAUCCCUAAAGUAUAAAGCUACUACUAAUCCCAUAGAUUAUUUAGAAAAAUUUGAUACUAUUAUUGAAGUAGAUCAGGUACCUCAACUUGCGAAGUGUCGCAUUCUUGCGACAACGUUGGAAGAGAAUGCCCACAAUUGGUUCAACGAAUUACCUGAGGCAUCUAUCUUAACAUGGGAGACCUUUGUCGACCUGUUCCUCACACAUUUUCAAGCCACGAUGACCUAUAGGCCACCCUAUACCACUCUGGCUAAUAUCAAGCAAGAACCCGGUGAGUCUUUACAAGACUAUUUUAAACAAUUUAAUGCUGAGGUAACAAAAGUAGAGAAGGCUCCCGAGUCUUCGCUAUUAUGGCAAAGACAAAAUAAGUCACCAGUGUCGCAGUCACGAUUUCAUAGUCCUAGAGGGAAGAAUUCCAGAGGAAGGACUCUGAGAAGACGCAGUACGCAGAGACAGCGAAGUCCAAAAUUAGCCAAGUCCCCUCCAAAGAAGGAGUCCUCCCCGAAGAGUAAAGGUGGUCCGCGCUUUGUAAAUUAUACAGAGUUUGCAGUCCCUCGGGACCAUAUCUACGCCAUCGAAGAAAAGAACGGGGUCUUCAAAAAGCCUCCCCCAAUCAGGGGAAACCGCGAUAAAAGAGACCCUACGAAAUUGUGUAAAUACCACAAAGAUAUUGGUCACACUACUCUGGAAUGUUGGUUUUUGCAGGACAAAAUUGAAGAACUAAUCAGGCGGGGAAAGUUCAACAAAUACAAGAAAAAUGAGGAAAGUCAUCCCCAAGCGGAUGACAAAGAAGAAAAUCAAAAUGCGAGUGGUUCGAGGGCUACUCGCAAUAUCCUGACUAUUAUUGGCAGACCCCAUAUCGCAGGAGAUUCCAGGAAAUCGCAAGAGCGAUAUGCGAGAGAAGCCAAAGAUAAGCCACUCACCAAUGUGAACAACUUGAGUGAACGGCCGGAAAAGCUAUUCAAAAGGGAAUGUGACGAUAUCACAUUCAUGGAAAGUGAUGCGAGGUGGGUCCCCGACACACAUUCUGACGCGCUGGUCAUCGUCGCGAACAUUGAGGGAGAUAAUGUCCACGGCAUACUCGUGGACAAUGGAAGUUUCGUGAAUGUCUUGAAUUUCUAG